AUCAGUCAUCGUUGGUCAUCACUCGCGGACCUCCGUAACUCACGGCCGAAUCCGUAACUGUGUCAGCCUGUCGGUUAUAGUAGAGUGCAGAGCUCGCGACUCGCGACUAUAUUACAUUCCUUUAUCCGCGGAAGUCGCUAACGCCCCGAAGCGGACUUUCUAAAAAGCUGAGCCCACGUGGCUUCUCGAGCGGCAAAUUUGAACGCUUCAUCAGGCUAAGCUGGAAAAUGGUUGAUUUUAUACAUUUACAAGCAAAGCGAUCCAUAUAAUCAAUAACUGACUUUACGAUUUUUGCAUAUCACAUAAAGACUUCAGCACCGAUCGUUUCAGCCCGCAUUGACCUAUAAAAGCUCCAAAUACCAACAGAAUAUCAGAGUUAAAUAUAAAUUCUCCUCUUACGCGAAACGUCGUGUGUCGUAUAGAUAUCGCGGACCGCGGUCGCGGAAAGUUUGCGCGAAGUGGUGAGGUGGGGAGGGGGGGGGCUCGAGGUGCAUAUAGCAGAAGCUGUCAUUGGCACGUACAGUUUCGUUCGACGCGGCUUUUGGGGAUGAUCUGAAGGUGAAUGUCGCGGACGUAGGUAGUGUCAAAGUGCCAGUGAGGAUGUUCUCGUGACGUUCAGUUCACAGCUGCCGACGAACCACCCGAUACUUAAUCGAAUCGCAAAGCCCGUGGCCUUGAUUCUCUCGCAGUUACUUCAAGGGAAAAGUUUCAAGUUCACUGUCUGCUAUAUAUAUCGUUGAUUAGCGGACGCACACUGAACUUCAUCUAAAAUGUCGAACAAUCAGCCACCAGGGACUAUUGCUGAGUUCACCAGCACUUAUGAGGAAGAACGUUUUGGGUCUGGAAUUGUCAGACAAAUCCAAGAAAAACCUGUAGUAAUGACUGGUAUUGUGGGAAUGAUUGGAGCACUUGGUUAUGGUUAUAACAGAUACAAAACUAAAGGAUUCUUGGUUUCCCCUUCUCUUUUUCUAAUGCAACUUCGAGUUGGUGCACAAGCUAUGGUUGUCGGAUGUAUAACUUGUGGAAUGGUUUACAAUAUGGUCCAACAGCAUCUACUCAAGAAAAAGAAUGAACCAGAACACUGAUAUUUGAAACUUUCUCAGACUAGAUAUUGCUUAAUUUGUACAAUCCGUGGUUAUUUUCUACCACUGAUUGCAGAAAUGUCUUAAAACGAGCCUCUCAAUGUAUUAAAUUUACUGAAGAUUCUAGUAGUCUAAUUAAUAGGCAAUUUAUAGUGUAAAUUUGCAAUUAGGGAUUUUCAGAUUUCAGUUUAAUAUAUUUACAGAGGCAAAGAGUCGAACGAUAUUAUUGAACAUCAAUAAUUAAUGAACCUUCUUUUAAAUAUGGCAAAUAUACAUAGUCCCAAGCAAAUAACAUUUUUCUUGAGAUAAUGACUUCUAUUCAUGUAUAGGUAAUUUUAUUUUUAUUUAUAAAUUAUAAACACUUUUUGUAGAAAAGAUCUAUUUUUGGAAUUUUCAAAAGAAGCGAUAUGCAGGCAAUAUUGCUUAAAAAGAAUCAAAGUCAAACCAAUAAAUCAUCUAUGUUAAAUAAAA